ACAAUGUGAUAACUAAUAACUGAUAACAACUGUUAUUGUUUUGUUCCUGUAAUUCUAAUAAAUAAUGACUAUUGUCUAUUGUAAAUUGUAAUGUAAAUACAUUUCUUUAUUCCUGAGCUGCGUAGUGUAGUAGUAACUACUAACUAGUAGACAGUAGUAGUGUGUGGCCUUUUUGACAAUGAAUAAAAUGCGAACGAUUUUCAUUUUGGAUGCAGGGGCUUUGUUUACCCUUCAGAUAUUUCAAUUCUUCAGUCUGGAUUAUUAUAUAAUGAUUGUAUUCCAGAAUACUUAUUAUUCCAGAUAUCCAAACAUUCUGUUCCUGAUGCUCAACAUAGUAUUAAUAUUAUUGUUCUACCACACUUUCCUCAACUGUUACAGAGAAUAUAAAUAUGAACGCAGUAAACAGACAGGAAAUCUAGUCAAAUGCAAAGCUAAAUAUCCUGUAUACUUAAACUGCAUCACCUGGGCCACAUAUGUGACCGUAUUGUUUAGUAAGAUCAUGAUGAUUUUUUCCAACAAUGUCAUCUCGUUGGUUUCCAAUGACGAUUUCAUGGGACCACAAAUGCUCAAGUUACUUAUAGGUGUUUCUGGUAUUGUAUUUUAUUUGUUAAUCAGUGCUGAAUGUUUUGGCCGGCAAAUAGAUCGUGAUAAAUGGCCAACAAAUGCAUGUAUUAUUGAGAUUUUUGAUUCUGUUGAAAUGUUAUCGAUAGUCAUAGCAUCAAAUGUUAAUAUUGGAUACAUAGAAUAUUUGAUCUAUGCUACUGCUUUUUUAAACUUUACGUUACCAGUAUGGGUACUGUAUGAUGUUUCUCAACCAGACAUUGAUACCAAGCCAAUGGGACUUCCUCAACCAGUAUGUUAUAAUUUUAUGCAUUUAAUGUUAGUUCAAAUGCCUUUUUUGGGCAUACGGUUGUAUAUGUGGAUUGUGUUCAAUCAAAACGCCUCAGUGUUCAUUAUGAAAAAUCUUUUACACUUGCUAUUCUUUUUGCAUUCAAUGUAUCCAUACAUAAAAGAAAUUUCUAAGAAAAACCAAUAUAGUCCUGAAACUUGUAACAAUGAAAAUACACCAGAAAUUCUUUUGACUAAUUGUAAGCCUGAUGAACCUAUAGCAUUGCUCUAAAUGAUAAUGUACUAAAGAUGUGAAUAUGACCUACUCAGAAACAAACAAAAAAAAUAAUAAUAAUUAAACUUAAGUUAUUGGUAACUUUUUAGUUAUCACAAAAAUGUCAAAACCAUUUAUGGUAAUAUUAAUUAUAUUAUUUUAAUUUCUUAGCUUUUUAAUGUAUAAAUUAAAUUUUUAAAAGAUUAAGUAUGUGUUCAAAAAUUGAUUCUCAAAAAUUAUGCCAAAUUUAAUUAAGACUGAUAUUAAAUUUUAUUUUCCUAUAUAGUAUAGUUUAUUAAGGGUAUUUGUUACCAAUAU